CGAUUACCGAGCAGUCGAUUCAUCCUGGGCCCCGCCUCGGCUACCGGCCCGCAUGGCAUCCCAGCUUCACUAGACAGCAGUGUUAAUCGAUGGACAUCGACGGGGCAAGAUGACGGACUACGCAGAGGAGCAGCGGAACGAGCUGGAAGCCAUCGAGUCCAUCUACCCGGACUCUUUUACGGUGCUUUCAGAAAAUCCCACAGCGUUCACUAUCAAGGUGACUUCGGACGCUGGUGAAAACGAUGACACUGUGGAGACGAUACUGAAAUUCACAUAUGUGGAAAAGUACCCAGAUGAGCCACCCCUUUAUGAAGUUGUCUCCCAGGAGAACCUGGAGGAGAACGACGUGGAGGACAUCCUGACGUUACUGCAGCAGCAGGCUACGGAAAACCUCGGCAUGGUGAUGGUGUUCACGCUGGUGAGUGCCGUACAGGAGAGGCUGAAUGAAAUCGUAGACCAAAUCAAGAGCAGACGAGAGGAGGAGAAGAGAAGAAAGGAGAAGGAGGCAGAAGAAGCAGAGAAGGUGGCCUUCCAAGGUACUGUUGUGACGAUCGAGAACUUCCUGUCAUGGAAGGCGAACUUUGAGCAGGAGAUGGCAGAGCUGAAGAGGAAGAAACAGAAGGAGGAGGAACAGUCAGGAAAGGCCAAACUUACUGGAAAACAGUUAUUUGAAAGAGAUCAUGACCUUGACACAUCCGACAUUCAGUUCCUGGAAGACGCUGGUAACAACGUGGAGGUGGAUGAGUCACUGUUCCAGGAUAUGGACGAUUUGGACCUGGAAGAGGACGACCCUGACUUUGAUCCUCUGGACCUGGGGAGUGACGAGGAUUAGGGGUGGGGUGGGGGGGGGGGGGGGGGCUGGAGUGGAGUCUAACAGCAGGAGUCAGUCUGACCCAUGUCUCUCUUCAGCUGUCUGGAUCCCUGAAGCCAUCCUCACCUCUGGAUUCAAUAGAGACUGCAUACAUAACACCAAAUAUUAAACUCAGAUUUUAAGUUAGCCAUUUGUCUCUUUAUCCUGAAAUGCCCAGAAAAGUUUGGGGGGGGGGGUGGUUUAUUUGGCUUGGGAUGCCCUUGGGGGAAGUUAUGUGCAGUCUCCCUCAGAUUGCUUUAGUCACUGUAGAGUUUUUGGUCCAUUCAAAAUUUGACUGAAUUGGCUGAAAUAUACCCGAUGGUCCAGCAGAGGGAGUCAUUGCUCUGGAUGUCAGAACACAGUCUUUCCCUCAGUUUAUAUUAAACUCGUAUUUUCUCAAAAUAA